CCUGGGAUUGGUGAUUCACAGCCCCUCCUCCAGCUCCCCCAGACCCUCCCAGAGCCUUUAUCAGGGAGCUGGGCCGGUGUUCCUGCCACAUCCUCAGAUCCCCUCCACUCCCUGUUUCUCUGCACGGAGGGAGGCAGCGGCACUACCAGUGUGUGGGGAGUGGGCACUGCUGCCGACCAGCUCCCUGAUCCUGCUAGACCAUCUGCCCUGGGCUCAAAGCUACUCCACAGGCACCAUGAGGAGUGCCCUGCUGUUCGCAGCCAUUCUGGCCAUUAGCCUGGCUCACGGUUUGGGGGCUGUCUGUGAGGACUCACGGGAGCAGGUAGUGCCCGGUGGGGGCCACAACAAGGACUUGGACCUCUACCAGCUGCCUCCAUCUUUGCUCCGGAAACUCUAUGACAGCCGCUCAGUCUCUCUGGAUGGAUUGCUCAAAAUGCUGAGCAAGGCUAGCGUGGAUCCUAAGGAAUCGCCACUUCCCCAGAAACGUGACAUGCACGACUUCUUCGUGGGACUUAUGGGCAAGAGGAACAGCCAGCCAGACACUUCUAUUGAUGUAAACCAAGAGAAUGUCCCCAGCUUUGGCACCCUCAAGUAUCCCCCCAGUGUGGAAUGAGCACUCCACUUCUGGACUCGUGGGCUGCAUCAUGAAGACACGUGCCCCCCACCUCCCAACCCCCAGCUGCACGUGCUCUAUUUCCCUUUCUUCGCCCCCCAGCCCCCCCCACCUCGUAACACUCCUGUGCUUUGACUCCUUCCCCAUCCCUCUACCUCACCGUGAUGGAGAAACUGCAGAGUGAGCACCCUCAAUCCUAGUGGGCAUUGACCCUAGAUCCCCUUGGAUAAUGUAAGUGUCCUACAUUUAAAACUAUGACAUCUCUUUCCAUUCCUCAACAAUAAAAGAUUUUCACAUAUGA